CCUUCGUGAGUCACACUGAGGCAAUAGAUGAGGUCACACUCGCCGGGGCCUUACAUGGCUUUUAUGUAGUCUGGACAUGUCCUCCAUCAUCAUUAAGUGUUGCCUUUUUCUCUUCACAGCUAUUCUGUGUUCAUCUGAGGGUGAUCAAAUGGAGACCUGAAGAAGAAAAACGAUUAGUCUGCUGGUGCCCUUCGUGACCCGACAGCUCUCUGGUUCAUAGCUGUGCUCCCUCAAGGUGCCAUUUUUAAGCCAUUCCAUACAUGAGCUCAUCUAUUUUUGUCGUGUUGGAUUUCAUGAGCAACACUCGAAGUAGAACUUGAGGAAAUCAGGGCAGUCACAGAAGAUUUUUUCGGCAUGCAGUUUUUGAUCAGCGCCAUCGUCGUCUUUGGUGAGUUUAAUUUCAUCCCAAUUUGAUUGUUUUUUCAGGGAAUAUUAAUAUUCAUAAGAUAUGAUCGAAAGCAAAUUUCAGCAUAUGUAUUUUUUCCAGUAAAAUUAUUUCUGAGUAGAAAAAUUUAAACUUUUGAUUGUGAAAUUUGUGAACUUUUGUAAUAUAUUCUGAUUCUCUUAAAAUUGUCCAAAUAUUUCACAUUUCUUCUUGUAUGUUAAGCGUUACAUUUCCUAAUAUUUUGACUCAUUCGUUUGUUGCAUCUUACUCCACUUAUCAAUCCAUUGAUUCAACAAUAUGAAAUCAAUUAUGAUAAGAAGGUGUCAGGUCAGGCAGGGGAAUUCAUGGGGUCCUGACACUUGCUUGGCUGUUUACAACAACAGCCACAUGGCAUGCAAAGUCUAAAAUAAGCACGUGAACUUUUGUUGACCUGUGUUGUCCUUUGAGCGUUCAUUCCACCGCACCCCGACAAACGCAGUAAUGAUCAUUUUGCAUUCAUAAUUAAACAAAGUGCUAAAUUUUGGAAGCAGCACAGUGCAUGACCUUAAUGUCCUUCCUGCCACUUUUGUGACCCGAUUACUAUUUGUUGCAGAGACACUGCUGACGAGGGUGAUGGGAAGUGGCGGAGGCGCUACGGAAGCCAAAGAGAAACUGGAAAUGGAAUACAUUUUCAUUGGAUUGGGCCUUGGCCUUUUUUUGACUCUUUUUAUUGUCAUUUGCAAGUACUGCGUCAUCAGGAAACACAUACAAGACAAAAGGUCUGAAGACCACAUUGCUUUCAUUCGGAUGGGAGGUGCUACGUCAUUUGAAAAGAGAUUAAAAAUAAGACAGCAACUCAACAGCGUAUAGUUCCGUGUGCCUUGCCGUCUUCUUGCUCUACUGACACUCAUAUUGCAGCCUCAUUAUUUGGCAGGAACUUGCACAAGGAAAAUAGUUGUCUGCCACAAGGGGACAGCAUUACACAUGGAAAACUUUCAGAAGAUUGCUACGUACGUAUUGAUGACUGUGUUACUUUUGUUCAAAAUUAAACACUGAUGAAAACUUUGAUAAGCCAUUUUCAAUAUGCACGUUGAAAAGCUUCAUUUUGAAAACAAAAGUUUGUCAUUAUGUGGCCUAUGUGUUCAAGUGAGUUGAGUCUCAUUUAGACUAAAGUAGUGCUUUGUUGCCAUCUUGUGGCCUCUAGAGGCAAUUAUGAACCUUUAUGGGAGCGCAUCCGUCAUUUGCAUAAGUUGUAACCUGCAAAUCGUCCGUCAUCAUCAUUUUGUCUUUUUUUUAGAAAAAAAUAUAUUGAUCAUUAUUAGCAAUAACUUCUAUUUUAACAUUUUCAAAUAAUCACUUCUACACCAUUCCCAGGAAAUCACAAUGUCCCAUCACUUGUGUGCUAUUUUUGAUCUUUCCACAGACUACUCAUGUGGUCCUUUGGGGUCACAGAUGUAGCCCAACUUAUUUCUCAGCCUAACCAAGGGCCACACACAAUCUCAAACUAAUUCACCCAUUGCCACCCCCUCCCUUAUCCAAAAUACAAGCCCUGAAUGAGAGCCACGCCGACCGCUCUGCACAGCUGGAAGUGUGAUUUUCUCGGCCGCACACGCCCUCCAUCCUACGCAGGAACUCACGUUUCCCUCGCGUUUGCCAGAUGCAAAGAACGCAAGCGUGCUCACCUCUCAAUAGUGUGUGUGUCGGCAUGUGUGUGUGUGAGGCAGCACGGGGGGAGGUUCUGAGUGUUUCAUAUUACACUUCUCUGUUGGAUGGGAAAAGGGGGGGAGACGAAGAAAAGAAGGCGGAGGAAACUUUGGGCUCCUUUUCCUCAGAACCAUUCAACUUUAAAGUUAAUGGAGGCUGCAGUCGUGGAAAAUGGUCUGCUCUGUGGUCUUUGCUCUCCUGAUUCAAGCUCUGUUUGGAGAUUUGUGUUCCGCUAUCAACGUUACCAUCACGCCGUCCCCCUUCACGGUGGUCCAGGAGGGCCAAAACGUCACACUCUCGUGCGUCGUGUCCCAGCGACGUCGCAAUUCCGCCUUGCCCGUUGUGAAAUGGACCUUUCUGCCGGCGGGCUACGACAGUCCGGAAGACGAACUCCUCAUCGCCCGGGUCAACAUGAGAAAAGCCCGCUUCUAUGGAAACUACACCAAGAGCUUCUCGUGGCCCAAGAUGAAGCUGACGGUGGUGAAGCAGGGCAAGAUCUUUGACUUGCUGAUCUUGAACGUGUCCGAGAGGGACAGAGGUCUCUACAUAUGUCGGGUUCAGGAAUUCAAAAAGCAGCAGGAUCGCUGGAAGGCCUCGUGCAACUCCACGGCGACAACUGAACUCAGAGUACAUGUGUUUCCGGCCACCGAGGCCAAAGACAGCUUGUGGACUUUGUUUGAAGAUGUUUACCUUUGUGCUGUGCUCAUUUGCUGCGUGGGCCUGCUGUGCAUGUGCAUGUUCACCGUGACGGUAACUUGCCAGUGUAUACAGAGGAAACGACGGUUAAAAGAUAAUUACCACUUGGUCCGAAGCUCUAGGAAUAGCUCAGGAGAAACCGUUACCGGUGUGGUCAAUGUGUCUCCUGCCUUGACCAAGAAGGAGAGAAGAUACAGAAAGAAAAGGAGCAAAGAUUAUCAAAAGGAAAUACCACCAGAGAUUCCAGCAAAAGUUCCCAUUGCAGACAAAGCAAGGAAACCUAAACUUUUAAAACCACAACCAAGGAAAUUAGUUUUGCCAAAGAUAGUGGAGGAGAAUCUAACCUACGCAGAGUUGGAUCUGGUCAAGCCAAUCCCGGAAGCAAAGGCGUCUCGGACUGGCACGGUAUACGCUCAGAUACUUUUUGGGGAGCAGCAGCUAUGAAAGGAGACAACAGUUCUCGACUCAUUUUCCCUUUUUGUAAAUAUUUCCUUUUUUAUUUAUAGUCUGUGUUUUGAUAGAAAAUGCUGUCUUUGAUUCCACUUUUCAAUGAGGGGCAGUUUAGCAGACAGUGGAACUCCCGAAAUGCAUUAUUUGUGAUGAUUGCAUCUUCAUCAAAGUAUUGCGCCACACUCUUACAUCUAGUGGGUUCUCAUUGACAAAAAAAAAACUGUGGAGACAGACACAAUAAACACAAACAUGAACGUGACCUAAUGUAAUUCAUGUGAUUUGCUUCCAGUGUGCCCAGCCUUAUCUCGCCACGCAACAUCUGUGCAGCGUCUGUUUCUCGGUGUCACGCUGCAAUUUACGCUCGCCACAACUCAAGACACUUGAUAUGAAACUAGCGAUUAGCCCUUAGACUGCAAACCUCACACUGUCAACUUUGUCAGCUGCUUUCAUCUUGUGUUUUAACAGCCAAUUUAGCUGCGACAUGCACAAACGCAGCAAAACAAGCCUGCAGCUACGCGGCGGUGGCGACGACUCGACAUUUUCCUCAUUUUGCCUUGUAAAAACAUUCUGACGCGUCGAAAGGACACAACUGAUCAGACUAUAACUUCAAUUAAUCGUAUUCCCUACCCCUAUUGCCAAUACUUUUAGCUACUUCUUCUUAAGCUAUGAUUUAAUAGCAGCCCCCCCCAACCCACCCCUGACAGGAAAAUGAGUCCCAUGUGUGGCAAAUCUCAAAUAACCGACUGCAAGUGGGUUAAAAAAACGGUGCUGUGUUUCAAUGCAAUCCAACUUGGCUGUGGCCAGGAAAUGCAUAAAAAGACACAUUUGAAAAUUCUGAGUGUCCAACGCAAUUAUAUGGAACACAUGAUACCAAACAUUAAUGUAAGUUUAUUUGAAAAACUGAAAAAGUUCAGCAUGAUGCAAAGCCAAGUCCGACAUUUAUUUGAAACGGUGAGGAACUGAUUGUCUGACAAAGCGAUUCUCCACAUGUGAUGACAAAAUAACGGACUUCCCUUUGCUAGUGAUGUCACUGGUUCAAAAGAGGAAAACAAAACCUAUUGUUAGACAAAACCGCUGCAUGUCUCAACAACCAUUAUGCCUCAUGUCCUCAUCUGCUCAAACAGCAUAUCCUGUGCGGUGGCACAAAUGCACAGCUUGAGCAGACAGAAAGCAGCAGAAUGAAAGCGUAGAGCGAAAUCACAAGAUGGAGGAAUGAGAUAUAAUGCUUGCUUGAUUUGUCUGCUUUUCUGUGGAUCUCAAGGCCAAGUAGUCUAAAGGGAAACAGAUUGACUCACAUCAAGUCUGUAAUAUCAAUGACAUCAUAUAUGCACAAUUACUUUUCGAGCCAAAUGAUUUUAUGAAUACUGGCCCAGUUUUUGUUUUUUUGGCCGAGGCAUAUAGUUUGAAGCCGGGAAAGCCACAACUAUUUGAAAGCUUAGACGAAUACAUGAAGGGCUGUGUCCAUGGUGCCGGUUUUCCUAAAUAUGUUUGGCAGGCUAUAAUUCUUCUUGCCCACUUGAGUUGUUUAUUUGGACUCAAAAGGCAUAAACAAUAGUGUGCUGAGUUACAAAGGCCUUGUGACCAUUUCUGGAGACGUUUGUAUGUUGAUCCCGAGUGCCUCAUUUUGUUUUCUCUGUGUGUGCAAAUGCGGAAGCUGCGACUAAUUGCUGUGAUAUAUAUGAUGUGAAUAAAUACAUUUAAAGUGUA